AUGAAUCUGAAAGGUGACACACAAUCGGAAUACAACGGCGACACGACCGACGUACGACAUUGGCUCACAGGCCGGAAUGUGACAACGGCGCGCCAUGCCGGAGCGCCGAUUCAUCCAGAGCUAGUUGGUAAAGAUGCAUUUGCAGAAACAGAUAAGAUUACCUUGGAGACUGCUAAUCUUCUAUGUGAAGAUUAUCUUGCCCAGAAUGCAUUUACUCCAUAUGACAAGUUCUGCCCAUUCUACAAAUUAGUUUGGAUGAUGCGUAACAUUAUUCACUUCAACACUUUGGCCAAUCAGGCCGUCGAGAGAGGAGCAGGUUCUGAUGGUCAAAAGAUCACUUAUAGCAUCAUCAAGCAUUGAUUAGGUGACCUCUUCUAUCGAUUAGUGUAAGUAGUAGACCUUUAAGACCCUAUUUGUGCAAGUUGGUCGUAAAGUGGCUGCUAAUUGAAGGCUCGAUUAUGUUGUUUGCCUUCGUCAGGUCCCAAAAGUUUGAAGACCUUGCCGAAGGUGAGGAAGCUCUUGAUAUACGUACACUAUUUUUUUUAUUUAGAUUGUAGAUAAUACUAUUUUACAUGUAUAAAGAUUGAGUAACCAACAUGUAC